AUGUGCGGCUUGCGCCAAAGCCUUUGGAGACUUCCGGAAGAGGAAGUUGGAGAUCCUUCGGCCACUGACCGGCUUCCAGAGGCCGGAACGACGAAGCUCACCUGGACCUCGACCGACAAGAUGCUCGCGGACCCUUUGACAAAAGGGAUGAAGCACGACGGCCUAAAGAGGCUGAUGGAUGGCUUUGAAGUCGACAUGUCACCGACUCUGGAUGGAUUGAGGGCCAAGAAAGAAUAUGGGUGUGAAAUGGAACAUGUUGACCUGGCAGAAUCCUCACUCCAUGCGGUUGACGCCGCAGUGGCAGAUGCCACUGGCAUUGACAUUAGCCCAGAGAUGUUGUCCAAAGCCAUGUCUAGCGUCGCUGUAGCAAUGCUCCGCCAAAACAUUGUGCCAUGGACGCCAAUCCUUGAAGCACCUGUGGGCAUCAAAGACAUGGGGAGCUGGAAAGCGGUGGUGUACACGCAGGAGCAGCAGCAGCGCUUGGGAGUAGGAGAAUUUGGCCAGAGGUUGCUUGCGGCAAGUGGCAGACCUCCCACCGUGGCACCGCAAGCACCACAUGUCCCGAAUGUGCCACAGCCAGUGGUGGAAGAUAUGGGGACGUGGAAGAUCAGCCACUUUGGAUACACUUCUGAACAGGAAGACCGUCUCGGAAGUGACCAUCACUGCUCGAAGUGCCAUGGUUUGCCAGUGUCCCCUCCUACAAUGAACGGCUCCUUUGGGAAAGCGGUGUUGAAUUCUCCUGCUUUGCUCAAAGGUUUGUGCCAGAGGUACUUUCGGAGCUAUGACAUGAAUCGCAACAAUAGCCUGGAGCUCGAUGAGCUUCAUACUCUUUGCGAUGAUUUGCACAUAGGCCUGGGCAUGAGCAUGAGUCUCUUCACCCCAGAGGCCCUCAAGGCCUCAGUGGCCCGAUUCAGUGGUGGCGACAAACUCAGUGCAGGAGAGUUCCAUCUCUGGUUCGCCGAGGCGCUAAAGGAAAGCAUUGAGGUGGUCGACCUCAAGAAGCGCUUCGAGGGCUUGGAGGACGAGGCCUUUGACCUCACACUCUGCCUCGGGACCUUGACCUACAUGUCCCCCGAAGACAUGACGCUGACGGAGCUCUGCCGCGUCACCAAGAAGGGUGGCUACGUGGUGUUCAGCAUGAGGACCGACCUCUGUGAGAAGUGGGAGGCUGCUCAGGCGGCCCUCGAGCAGAAAGGCGUGUGGACUCAUUUGGGGACCAGCGAAGGCUUCGACUAUUUGCCCGCGAACCCGGAGUACGGGAACACUAUCUUGGUGAAGGUCUACGUCUACCAAGUCGCAUGA